UUCGGUCCCGCCCAUCGCCACCUGGCUCUGCUGCGCACCGCCGACUGGAGGCAGAGCGCCGCUACUCCUCUUCCCCACGCCAACGGAGAAGCACGAUACAAGGAGACCGAGGGUGUGUGCGUGAUUUUUUCUCAUAUUUAAAAAAAAAAUUUUAAAAAAGAGCUGUUUUUUUUCCUUUCCGGAACUUAAGGGAUUUUAGAAGAAAAGUGCGAAGACGGGUAAAAAGAAGAAAAAAAGAGAAAGAAAUCAGACGGGUGCCCUGCGCAGUACAGCAUCCUCCCUCUGCAUCUCUUUCUCGUCUCUCCUCCUUCUUUGCCUCUGCGCUUUUUUACAAGACUCCCGGCUCUCCCACCCUGAAUAUCCCCAGUGACUGAUCACUUAUUGCGAGCCGCGAGGUGGCCCCUUUUUUCUCUCUUUUUGUCGGAGUUUCAACCGCAUUUCUGAGCUGCUGGAAGUACACCGCCAGAGCCCCUGAGAUCUGGCUGGACUCUGUAGUUUUCGUCUUCCCGACCACAGGCGGAUCAUCGAGGGGACCUUGCGCGGAGUCAAAAGGACUGGAAAUUAUUUAGCCUCCUCACAUCGACGUAACGCAUGGUGGGAAUUUCUGCCUCUUUUCAGUAUCGCACUGGGAAGCGCUCCACCAUGCCCGACUCACCUGCGGACGUCAAGACACAGUCCAGGUUGACCCCCCCUACUAUGCCACCCCCACCCAGUACACAAGGAGCUCCUCGUAACAGCUCCUACACACCCACCACAUUAACCAAUGGCAGCAGCCACUCCCCAACGGCGCUCAACGGAGCUCCAUCUCCUCCAAACGGCUACAGUAAUGGUCCCAGCUCAUCCUCCUCAUCCUCUCUGGCCAACCAGCAGCUGCCGCCGGCCUGCGGCGCCCGACAGCUCAGCAAGCUCAAGCGCUUCCUCACAACCCUACAGCAGUUUGGGAACGACAUUUCACCUGAAAUUGGCGAACGAGUCCGCACACUAGUUCUGGGACUGGUGAAUUCCACGCUAACCAUCGAAGAAUUUCACUCCAAGCUCCAAGAAGCCACCAACUUCCCUCUGCGACCUUUUGUCAUCCCCUUUCUGAAGGCCAACCUGCCGCUCCUUCAGAGGGAGCUGCUGCACUGUGCCAGACUGGCCAAGCAGAACCCGGCUCAGUACCUGGCCCAACACGAGCAGCUCCUCCUGGACACCAGCACCACCUCCCCAGUGGACUCCUCCGAGCUCCUGCUGGAUGUCAACGAGAACGGCAAAAGAAGGACGCCAGACAGAACCAAAGAGAACGGCUUCGAGCGAGAUGGUUCCCUGCAUCCCGACGUUCACCCCAGCAAACGGCCCUGCACCAUCAGCCCCGCCCAGCGUUUCAGCCCGUCCAAUGGGCUCUCCUACCAGCCCAAUGGCCUGCCUCACCCGGGCCCUCUCCCCCCGCAGCACUACAGGCUAGACGACAUGGCCAUCGCCCAUCACUACCGGGACACCUACAGACACCCUGCCUCCAACCAUCGGGAGAUCCGAGAGAGAGCCAGGCCCAUCGGUAUGCACACGGGGACCAGGCAGGAGGAAGUGAUCGACCACCGGCUGACAGACAGAGAAUGGGCUGAGGAGUGGAAGCACCUUGACCAUGUAAGAAAACUGCUGAACUGCAUCAUGGACAUGGUGGAGAAAACGAGGCGCUCGCUGACGGUACUGCGGCGGUGCCAGGAGGCCGACCGUGAGGAGCUCAACUACUGGAUCCGACGAUACAGCGAUGCUGAGGAGUUGAAGAAGGGAGCUGCUAGCGGGCAGUCUAGGCAGCAGAGCCCUUCAGCACAGGAGAACGCAACAUCAGAAAUCCACAGAGAGCUGCUGCACCGGCCAGUGUCCGGCUACGUCCCUGAAGAGAUCUGGAAGAAAGCCGGUACCGGAGGCUUGACUUCCUCUGUGUCCACACUCUUUCCAGAAGAGGCGGUGAAUGAGGUGAAGCGCCAGGCCAUGUCAGAGCUGCAGAAAGCCGUGUCAGAGGCCGAGCGAAAGGCUCACGAGAUGAUCAGCAGCGAGCGGGCCAAGAUGGAGCGCACAGUAGCCGAGGCCAAGCGUCAGGCGGCCGAGGAUGCGCUCUCCAUCAUCAACCAGCAGGAGGACUCCAGCGAGAGCUGCUGGAACUGUGGCCGUAAAGCUAGUGAGACUUGCAGCGGCUGCAACACAGCGCGCUACUGCGGCUCCUUCUGCCAGCAUAAGGACUGGGAGAAGCACCACCAUGUCUGUGGUCAAACCCUGCAGGCCCAGCAGCAGCAGAGCAGCCAGCAGCAGGGAGGCGUCCCGGGUUCAGAGACCCCUGCUCCCAUCAGCUCCUCCGCCUGCACCCCGAGCAGCGGGACCGGGAGUCCGGCUGCUACCCCGCCCGCUGCUACCCCUCGCUCAUCCACCCCAAGCACCCCGUCCUCCUCCGCCCUGGAUGGCACACAGCGCUAAGAGACUCACGCAGAGGUCGGAGGCAAAAAAAAAGCCUCCUGGGUGUAACAGCAAGCCCUCAACCCGACAAACAGCACGACUGUCUACAUUGCCUUGCAAAGAUGCUAAGAUAACGUGGCUAACAGGAAGAGAUGGCAAUGCUUCUGUCUAUCUUGCAGCGUAGUCAUAGGAGGAGGAAGAGGAGGUCCAUAAUCAGGUCAUAUUGACUUGCCAUGACUUUAAAGAAACACAAAGAUAUUCUUUGUUUUGAAUGAAUGAAUUUAAAUAUUGACAUCCUUUUAUUGUUACACUUGCUAUUCUUGUUGUCUGAUUGUCGUUGUACCUGUUGUUGUUAAUGUUGUUGUCAUUGUAGCUUAUCUUAUUUUCUCCUGUAAAUACGAAGAGACUGAUCAGAGAUAGCCGUGAAUUCAAGACAAGUAUAUCUGACCUCCCCUUUUUCAAUGUUUUAAUUUUUCAUCCUUGAAUUUCUGCUUAUUUCCCUCCUGUACCUGGGACAUGAGACUAGUCGACCUCAGACAUUUUACCAAACGGCAUACCAAGGGAACGUAACUAGCUAGCAGAACGACUGAAGUCAUCAGUGCUCAUUGUAAAGAAAGAUAUUGAUCUAAAUACCCCGAAAAGACACACAGAUGGAAGAAUAAACUAGUUUCCUACCUGGAGAUGGGAGAGGCAUAGACUGGGUCUCUGGCCCACAGACCGCCAUGAAAUGGGCAGAUGUGCAGCAGAUUGCAAGCGGAGCCAGCUGUUCAACCAACGUUACUUCCCUCUCACUUGUAAUAAUAUCCAGGUCAGUGGGCUGGGAAAUACAAAUCCGUCUCCCUGAAGGAUGUAAAAGAAAGAAUUCUUGGACAGGGUGCAAAACUUUGCCCGCCGCACAUGUGGAGAUUGUACUGAAUACGGUUCGCACAUGUAUGCUUGGUGGGUCACGAAAGUCAUCAUCCCACCGGCGAGACUGUCAGAUCACCCGGACAGCAGCCGCCCAGAGCUGGAAACCUACAGUGUGGAGACUCGCCCCAGACGCUCCCCUCCGUGUCUCAACUUUGAAAAAAAAAACAUUUUCAUCUUUCUUCAUGUUCUUAUUCGUUUUCUGUAGAUGUCAUGGUGUUUAAGACUUCUGUCCUGUGGUGUCACCGAUGGUUAUUUAUUGUAUAUGUGUUGGACAAUUGUGACAAUGCAUAGUACUCCAACCGGUCACAACUCUAAAGUCCUUCAUAACUCUCUCUAGCUGGUGCAAAAAGAGAUAAAAAAAAAGAAGUAUCUUUUUUCCAAGCUGCUUUUCUAUUCUGUGUGUAAGUGGUAGAUUCCUUGUAGUUCUAUAAGUUUUACUUCCCUUCGUCCUCAAGAAAAGACACAAGCUAUAUCUCAGAGCUGCUACUUGAGUCCGACCCAGAUCUUUUCUGAGAACUAGCAUGUUGUGCGGAAUGCUAACCUAAAUGUUUUGUACAAGGGACAUACAUAAAUGUAUUUGCACUGUCACAGAGGUUAUUUCGGCAUGCUUCUUUUCAGCAUACUUGUGUUGUCGGUAUAGAGCCAUAAUCCAUCAAUUCAUUUUGUAUGUAGUAUUAGCAUUAUCUGUUUUUACAUUCUUUGGAUUUUGGGGGGAGAUGGAAAAAUGUAAAAUCACCAAAUUCAUUUAUUAUUUUUUUUCUACUCAACAUGCUAAGAAAAGCAGCCAUAAUGUCUUUUUUUUCUGUUUGAAUAGUUACAGACAGUGCAUGCACAUUACUGAACGUUUGUUAAAUAUUUGUUAUUUUUUAGAAAAAAAAUGAAAAGCAAACAAAAAAAGUAUAAAAUACAAAAAAAAAAAAAUAUUCUAACAGACUAACUUUCCAAAUGCAGAGGUGUAGACUCCGAUUGACAGCUUUAACACUGCAAAGCACCAGGUAACACACAGUAUUAACACAAGAGUUAAACAUAAAAAAAAAACACCAAAAACAGCCAAAGACUGACACCAAGGACCAAAAUCCUGAUUUUAAACAAUUUCUGAAAAGAGGUUUGUCCACUCAAAUAUUCGGUUAUUCAUUUCUGCCGGUUUUGUUCACAACGUGACAGAACAUUAAGGUUUUGGGGUUUUUUUACAUUCUUUCUGGAAAUCAGCAGCACUCAUCUUGCAUUGUGAAAUGAGAAGGUGUGAACUGAACAUAAUGGCAACUCACAGCAGUGUUACAUUUUAACUGGAGCAAUAAUAACUAAUGUGACAUGAACACUGACAAGUUUUUUGAAGGAACUUUUGAGACACCUUUUGAUCUUGUUUGUGCAUUUUCUCAUUACACAAAUGUCAGAUUAAGUGCCCAUUUCAGCUUUAAGCAGUUAAGUUUGUGAUUCAAAGAGAUGAAUGUGAGACUGGGCUUUCACUCCAACACCAUUUGCAGUUUGUUUGUUUUUUUCAUAUUUAUUUUCAUCAAAUGACGCCAUAUUUGGGAUAAUCAGUCGCAGCUUUCUUGUAAACCUUCAAAUCAAACAAACCUCUCGUUCGCAGUAAGAGAGCACUUAUCCUGACAUACACAAAGGCUCUUCACCCCAAACACCUUGGUGCUACACAGAAGCGCGUUACAAAUUCUGACCUCAAGGAACAAGUGGAGGCCCGCAAAGGUUUCGGGGCAGUUCACUCCCUCUGUACUUCCUCAUCUCUCCCUUCUUGUCUAAAUAAAACACACACCUGCAUUCUUGACUUUAAAAGGGUUAAACAAUCCAAAAAGGUGUCUGACACCCUUCGAGCGACUUCUCAGAAGCUGUGAAGAAACAGCCAAGCUGUUUUAACACUAGUGUAUUUAAAGGUAUACAAUAAAUGACGUGUUCAUUAUUAUCAGGGCGAAAUCUGGGUUUAGAAAAAAAAAGACAAACAUUAUCACUCAAUGAUUCUUUGAGAAGCUCUAUUUUUUCUUUUUCUUUCUUCCCUCCUCUAUGUGUGUUUUGCUACAAAUUCCUCGGUAGCAAACAAGUCUCACUCUACCUCUUACAGCACGAUAAGAGCAUCAGUCGCGGCGCUGAUACUGGUCUAGUCGAAACCAAAUGGGCACAAGAGAACAGGAAAAUAAAAAACCCAAAGUCGAAGCUCAUACAGCUGCAAAACCAUAUCACUACUUGGUAACAAUGCAGACCUCAUAAAUAAAUGAAACAUAAAUGAAUAGAAAUGAGAAAAAAAAACCUGAAAAAAAACUUUUAUGUUCCUUUAUGCCUGUGGCGUUUCUAGAGUACAUCAAGAGUUUGAAUUGUUUGAACAGAUUUUAAAAAUUGUGCUGAUUUUAAAGAAAAGUGUUGUUGAUUUCCUAUUUCGAUGAUGCAAGCUAAGGUCACAGAUAAGACAUGUUUCUCUUGCUCUUUUUUCCUCCCUCUUUCCCCUCCGCCCUUUUCUCCUCCUCUCUCCUGUUGUGAAGACAUGCCAAAGCGCUUGUCGACUUGUCAGCUGGGAGGGAAAGGCAAAGCUUGUAAAAAAAAAAACAAAAACCCCACUUAAAUAAAAAAAUUAAGGCUAUGAAUUUAGGCAUGCCUGUUUUUCACAAUAGGGGGAAAUGUUAUUGAAAUUUCCUACUUAUCAAGAAACAUUGGGGGGGAAAUGUGGGGGCCAGCAGUGAGCAGCGAAGGCCGUAGCAUUAAUCUGGGGGAAUGAGUUGAACUUCAGGGGUGGGAGGGUUUUUCCGUUCUCUUGAGAAAAAUUUAUUGUGGAAAAAAAGCUCAAAUAAUUUGAAGUUGUUGUGCAAUACUUAAUUGAGACAUGAAAACCACAGGUUAGUGGUAGGCUGACACUAAGCGGUCUUUCCAUCGCUUAGGGUCAGUGUCCUCUAGAGAGCUUUCCAGUCUACUAUGUCAGAACUGUGGUUUCUUGUUGAUUUUUUUUUCUUUUUGUUUCUUAUUUUUAAUUCUUUUUGGGGCUGUAAACUAUGGUCUGUCAGUCUGUGAAACUUUGCAGUAUAAUUCUGGUAUUGUUGUUCUCUUUACGGUGUAAUAAAUAUGUUAAUUCCUGCCCAGA